UCUGCUGUAGCCAGAGAUUGUAUUCUACACAACCUGCUUGUAAUUAGAGGUAAUUUGAACCACUCAAUCACCUAUCUGUCAUCUCUAACCAACCAGCUCAUUCUUGUUUGACAUCAGCAAAGCAUUUUCGCCCACACGACUGCAUAAUUUUUCUUUUAUAGUAAAUAAAAUCCAGGGCAUUGUUUCUCUAUACAAAUCAAACAUAUCAUUAUAGUUUUACUUGUUUAAAACCAGUUUUUAGUUUUUCUUUUGAAUUUUUUAAGACUAAUAAUGUCAACGACCCAGAUGUGAAAGCAGCAUCUUCUUUCCCAUCUGAAAGGUUCAGCUCUGUGCAGUAUUGCGUAUGCACUACAUGUUGCCCAGCUUUCACCUCCAGGCUGUGCGUCUGCGUGUGCACAUGUGUCGAUUUUACACUCAGGGGAUAUUGUCACAUCUGCGAGUUUGCCCACAGUAGCUACUGCGUCAGAUGCCUUGGAUUUCUGUCGUCACUGUUUUACUCUCGUCCUUUUCCUAAUCUUUGUCUUUUUCUUGUUCAAAAACCUCCAUUAUAGUUUUUUUCUUUCUGCUUUUCUCAUCACUGCUGUUAUGUUCAGCUCUGACUGUUGCAUCUUGUCUCUCCUGUCCAAAUGUUUCUUCUUGUCUCUUUCCUUAAUUCGCUGCCUCGUUAUUCUUUUGUUUUCUCCCAUGUUUCCAGCCUCACACUACCUUGUUUCACCUCUUCAACUGCAAGUAGUACUCAUCCCCUGUUUUCUCUUCUUAAAUUUAUCAUCCUUUUCCUCCUUCCUCUUUCACUCAUCCCCAUCACUGACCCAAUUAAGCUCGAGAGGGACACAGAGAGUAGCGGAGUGACUGAGCCGAGGCACGGAGUAGAGAGAGUUUCAGAGUCAGAAUCUGGAAAAUCAGAGAGUCUGAAAACAAUUGCCACCAACCUGUCAGGACCCACACAGUGAACGGUCCAAACUUCACCUGGAAGCUAAACAACCUCUGACAGGCUGCUGGAGGCGGAGGAGGGAGUCCACAUCCCCACUGGCUUUUUCUUCCUGCUCUGGAAAAGAAGAAACGAGGAGAAUAAUAAUCUAUUUUCAGUGAAAAAUAAAGAGGGUGGGGAUCCGUGCGGAGUUAGGAUGGCUGGACACGGCACGUAGAGGAGGACUGAGAAACAAGGACAGCACAUUCCUUUUUGGAACCUAUUUGUGGGGCGGGGGGUGUCCGAAGGUGGUCUUCACCCCCCGCAAGGCAAGAGUAAGAUUUGUGUGAACAGGAAAGGAGGAAAGGAUGCAUCUGUUCUUCCGAGACAAGUGGGAGGUGGAGGGGCUGCAGACUGUGGGCAUCCUCCUGGUGGUCUGCAGCUCCCUCAAACUGAUGCACUUUCUGGGGCUUAUCGACAUCUCUGUGGCAGACAGUAUUGAAGAUGACUUUGAGUUGUCUACUGUGUGCCAUCGCCCUGAGAGCAUGGACAAGCUGGAAGAGCAGACAAAGUUCACCAAGAAGGAGUUGCAGGUCCUCUACAGGGGCUUCAAAAAUGAGUGUCCGAGUGGAGUGGUGAAUGAGGAGAACUUUAAAAACAUUUACUCCCAGUUCUUUCCUCAGGGAGAUUCGAGUAUGUAUGCACAUUUCCUGUUUGAAGCCUUCGACACCAACAAGAAUGGCUCCGUUAGUUUUGAGGACUUUGUUUUUGGUCUGUCCAUCAUCUUGAGAGGGACGAUUAAUGACCGGCUAAACUGGGCUUUUAACCUAUAUGACCUGAACAAAGAUGGCUGCAUUACCAAAGAGGAAAUGCUGGACAUCAUGAAGUCUAUCUAUGACAUGAUGGGAAAAUACACGUACCCCACUAUGAUGGACGAUGCUCCAAGAGAACACGUGGAGAGCUUCUUUCAGAAAAUGGACCAGAAUAGAGAUGGGGUGGUCACCAUAGAUGAAUUUAUUGAUUCAUGUAAAAAGGAUGAGAACAUCAUGCAGUCCAUGGAGCUGUUUGACAAUGUCAUUUAAGGAUCUGGACCAGUGAGGAUACUGGCACCAGGGAGGGGAGUGGUGUUGGCGGAAAAGGCAUCAGGACUGAAGAGAUAGAACGAGUUUGUGAAUGUUUGUGUGUCUGUGUGUGUGGCUGAGUGGGAUACAGGCCUGAGCUUGUGUCGUCACUGAGAACUGUGAAUCCUUUGGGCGCAGAGAGACCAUCACCCUCCUCCUGGACUUCUAGUGGCAUUUCUUCCAGCAAUGAUGGAGUUUCCAUGACUCCCAGGCUAAUCAUAAAGAACCUUAAUUAGUUUUAUCCUUGAGCACAGACAAAGAAUGCUUGCAGUGGGCUUACAGCAACUAGCACAACCCCAGCUGUUUUAUUUGAACUUUUAUUUAUUACUGUCUAGCGGGUCAGUUAUCACAGCCUGCAAAGGCUGGACUCAGCUGGAUCAAGUUUCCUUUAAAACCUUGAUCUGAAAUAACUUUCUCCCUUUGCCCUAAUAUGCUCGAUAUUUGGAUUGGUGAUUCUGAUCUUGCCUCUGUUGCGCGCCGUGCGGGAACACGUCCCAGGAGCCGAGAGGAAACAUAGAUAUGAGUCUGUGGCCACCUGGUGGACAUGACAGAGAAAGACACUUCCUAAUGGAGCGACCAACAAAUUGAAGAUCCCAGAGAGCCGAGAUGAAAGCUAAACAAAAGUGUUGUUUUCCAAGAGAAACUGACUUCAGUAUCGCAUGAUGAUGUCACUAAUAUCUAAUUGCAUAUUUAAAGAGAUACUCCAAAGUCUGCUCGUCUGUCUGCUGUUCCUAGUCAUUCACAGGUGCCUCACCCUCUGUGUGUGUGUGCGUGUGUGUGCAUGUGUAUCAGGAAGACAUGCUGUAUGUCUUACAGAUGAGUCCCCGCAGUGGGUCGGCACCCAUGUUUAUUCAUGGGUUAGACCAGGGGUGGGCAAUCCUGGUCCUCCUGGGCUGGUGUCCUGCAACUCUUAGAUAUCUCCUGGUCCAACACACUUGAAUCCAAUAGCUGAAUCACCUCCUAAGUGCAGUCACGUUGUCCAGAGUCCUGCUCAUGACCUCAUUAUUUGACUCAGGUGUGUUGAAGUAGAGAUACAUCUAAAAGUUGCAGGAGACCGGCCCUCGAGGCCUGGAGUUGCCUACCCCUGGGUUAGACUAAUUUCUGGCCUUCCAAACUAUCCAGUCCUAGCAGUAGUUGUCUGAUGACUGUUGUAAUGUUUUUAGCAUUCCCAGUGGAAUGACAAUUAGCCAGUGCAAUGUUGGAAUAGCACUAUAGUUGAUCAGCUUUUGACCAGUCAAACCAUGUCAGUAUAGGACUGCAAACCACAGUCAUACUGGGCUUUCAAAUUUCAUUAAAGGGAAAAUCAGUGUAUCCAAGACAGUAUGUGUGAAAUUCUUAUUACCUGAAAUGUCAUGUGGUUGUAGCAGGUUCUACCACUUCAAAAUCAUGUUUAUUUUGAAUAUAAGGCUAUUUAGCUUUUGCAGAGUUACAAUAUGAUGAAUAUGGAUGUUUUUUUUCCCCCCAUGUCCGCCACAUUUCCCUUUUCUUAUUAUCCAUAUUUCUGCCACCAAAGAGAAAAUAUUAGACAUAUGUUGAGUCUAAUGGAUAUGAGACACUGUAAUCGGUGAGGCAAAAAGCACUUGGAGAUAAAGGUAUGCAGUUUGCCUGCUCACUGUCAAUGUCAUUCAAGGUUGUGAACCUGCACGAUAAGCUGUUAUGAAUAUUUCUUUAAAAAUGUUUACAGCUACCAUAUAAUUUGCCUCUUUUUAUACCAGAACAUCACUGAGCUCUAAGACCUUGUUACCAGAGGCACUGAAACAUUAAUUCAGAGAGCCUAACAUGGAAUAGCAAUAAUGUUUCCAUUUCCACCCAAUCUCUCACUUCUUUCAAAGCAACUGCAUUUUUUUAUGAUUUUCUUUCAAACAUUCCUAAGUCUGUGGUAUAGUUUACACAUGCAGUAUUUUUUAUUUUACUAGAAAAGUGUUUCAGCUCAGUUCUUAAGUUCCUGACUACAGUAAAACCUGUCUAUACCCGCAUGUACUGUGUCUAGAACAAUGAAAAGUUACAUGUCGUAAUGACUGUCUGGUUAGCUAGCUGCUGGUUGCAUUACAUAUUCAAAAUGUGUAUAUUUUGUACAGAGAUAAUAAAAAUCAGUUACUAUGCAACAUGGGAUGAAAUUUGAA